GGAUUGAACUUCAGCAAAGCAUCGCAUAAUAAUAAUAAUUUAUGGAAGCUUCCGGCGGCAAAGGAGGGCAGAGAGAAUUAAAGUACCGAGGCAUCCGGCGGCGGCCGUGGGGGAAGUUCGCGGCGGAGAUACGCGACCCGAACAGGAACGGCGCUCGCGUGUGGCUGGGAACCUUCGGGACGGCGGAGGAGGCGGCGAGGGCGUACGACAGGGCGGCUUACGCAUUGAGAGGGCAUCAGGCCAUCCUCAAUUUCCCCAACGACGGCCACUACCGGGAUGCCGCGGGAGCUGCAGGUGCAGGUGCAGGUGCAUCUUCCUCGGCGGAGGAGGAUGGGCGAGUGAUCGAAUUGGAGUGCCUUGAUAAUAAAUUGCUGGAGGAUCUUCUGGAGAAGACCAAAUAACUCAUUCGAUCCAUCAUGCUCAUCAAUAUGAUAUGCAUGCAUUCAUUCAUUUGGCUCUUUUUUUCUUUUUUCAUUUUUGUCAUUAGUGGAACUGUUUACGGGUUUAAUUAAUUAUGAAUUAUUGCAUUGUUUGUGCCUUUCGUUUAUUGGUUAGUUUCUUAUUUUUAUUAGUGUAAUAACGUUGUUUGGUUGUAAAUGGAUUAAAGCUUGAGUUUCU